AUGGCAUCCCAUGUGGGCCUGGGUGUGACGCAGCCUUGUUGCGUGGUCAGGACCACCAGUCACCAAGCAGCAGAAGAAGGCCACACUAACCAACGUGAUGUGUACGACCAACGCACCAGUACGGACACCAAGCCUGCGCCGGUCUCGGACACCGCCUCCAUGGCUGUAGGGCGCGCACCGAGCGUGCAUACAAGUUGGGCAUCAACACCUGCUCCGUCUCGUCCUCCGGUGUCCCCUCCAGGAUCACCCGCUCUACACUCGAUCACACGCCACCAGCACGCCUCCCUGUUGUCGCUACCCUUCACGCUCGCUCGCCCGCCGCCGUAUACGUCGCCGCUCCGCGCUCUCACCUGCCACCAGCACGCCGCCCUGCCGCUGCUGUCCUUCACACCCGCUCACCCGCCACCAGUGCCACCGUCGCCGCCGUAUCUGCCGCCCUCCGCACUAGCUCACCCAUCAACCGGAUGA